AACCUGGCUGCCAGUGAUGUGUCUCAUGGGUCCCUGCUUCCCCCCCAUGGACUGGGGGUUUAUCCCGGUCCAUACUGGAGGGAACCACCGCCCAAUCCUGACCCUCCGAGUCCGCCUAACACUGCGCAUCCCACGCCUGGGCGCCAAAAUGGCAGAGACGCAACUGAAGCCGAGAAUCGCAUCUGCAUCUACCUGCAAGCAGCUCGGCAUGCAAUAAGCAGCAUACACCAUGGGCCACGGAGCCCGAACCAGCAGACAAGCGUCCGACCCUCUGACAAGCCCCUACUUACCCACUCACGGAUCAAGCCUGGCUCCACGACCACCUUCCCGGGUGGGGAGCCCCCAAA